AUGACAGAACAGAUUCUGCACACGAGAUUCACUCUACCGACAACAAUCACCAAAGCGAACGUGCUUGGUGAUGAUUACAAAACGUCCGGCGGAUAUUUCCCUCGAGAACAAGAUGAGACGUAUCACAAGAGUUCCCGCUUAGUACGCUACCAUCCAUAUAACAUGCCGACCAGCCGCUCGGCUGACAAGGCUGUCUCGAAAAUGAAUUUUCUAAGUGACGACAUGGGCCGCCAAGGAUCUUCCGUUAUCUCCGUAUUCCCGGUGCCAUCGCCUGAGUUGCCGAAAGAUUCCAGAAAUGGUUCAUUAACAACAACCGUUCCAGAGCGUGAGAGUACACCAAGCGCAACAGACUGCUCGAUGACGUCACUGAAUUCCUUGUCACCCGCGUCAAUGAAUACUGAACGUAUAACAAGUACCCCUUCCAGCACAGCGCGUUCGUCUGGUUCCGUCAGCAGCUCGCCACAAACGGACGCCGAGUCAGAAUGCAGUGGCGAUAAGGAAUCGGACAAGAAGUCUAAAAAACCUGCGAGAACCAAUUACACGAACGAGCAGCUGCAGUCACUGGUGAAAUUUUUUCACGAGAAUCCGUACCCUGACUCUGAGAUGAUGGAGAACAUUGCCAAGGAUUUCGGCAUCAAGGAUACAAACAUCAAGAUCUGGUUCCAGAACAAGCGCGCCAGGUGGCGCAGGCGAGUGGAGAACAUAAACAACUCGACGCAGUCAAACAUGAUGCACAUGACACCGGUACCAUCCUUAAUACAUCCAUAUGUACCCAUGUACAGCAACUUUCCAAGCAGGCUUUCGCCACAGAACAACGGUUACAUGCACUACCCUUGGAUGCAGACUGUAACAUCAAGUCCGAACAACAACAACACUGGACAACAUGUUACUUUCAACCAGCUACCUUACAGACAGUCGACUUCAACAACGUCUCUGACACCAUACUCUUCGUAUUACCAAACCCCGUCUCCCAUGACAACCAGUUGGUGCCCCACCCCUGCUGCAAGAUAUUCAGUGGCAACGUCAUCACAGGACGCAAUGACGUCCAACACGUACAGGCAGUUUCCGCAUAUGGUACCUGGGAUUCAUUUCAAUUCUUAUGUUUGUUAA